AUGCUGGCUCUAAGAUCUCUCGUACGCCACACGCCAUCAUCUUCUCGAUGGAUACAGCUCCGUUCGGUAUCUACCCUGGAAGGCCAUCCUCACGUGUAUACAUUCCCUUCUAAUGGAGCUUAUAUUCUGUCCUUGCUGCCUUCGGAACCAACAAACCCCGACCUGUCUAUCGGAGUAACCUCCAAACUGCCGCCUACCCCGGACUCGUUCAGAGAGAACCCGAAGUUCCUCACGAUCCUGCAAGAAGUACUCUCCGAGCAUGGGCACCAAGAUCCCGAUGCUGUCUCUCAGGCUCAGGUCAUGGCGUCUACCGCCGGUGCUAACCUGAGCUCGGGGGGUGUCCUAUUGACAGGGGCGCGCGCCAGAAGACGUCACGGCGAAGCAGAUUCAAGCGGCGGGGCUAGCGGCCAAGGUGGUGUCGGGUCUGCUGGGAGAGGAGGCUGGAUACACCUAUCUGAUAACAGAAGACCACCCGAGUAUGGACGGAUUGCAUGGCCUGAGGAUAUCUUCGGAAGUCUCGAGGUUGAUGGAGAAGGUAGCUUCGUGGGAGGCAAUGGGAAUUAUCAGCGUAGUGGCACCUACCGGGUUGUGACGCGAGACGGAUUCUUCGGUUUGAGCCCAUUUUUAAGAGAGAAGUUGGUUCAGAAAUUGCGCGAGAAGGAGAGUCAAUAG